AUUCAUAAAAAAAUCUAAAAAAAAAAACUUAAUUCAAAAUCCACAAAAAAUAUUCCGAUAAUAUAAAAAUAAAUAAGCUAUAAAGAGUCAUUUAAUCUAUUAUAUUGAUUAUAAAAAUUAAAUAAUGAAAAAUUAUUAAUAUUUAUUUUAAUCGCAAGUGGUUUUAUGGGAAAUUUAAGUGAAUUAGAAAGGUAAUAAAAAAUAAAAUAUAGUGGCUAAGAUCAAAGCUAUAGUAAGAAAAUAAAAUUUUGAGAAAUAAAUAAUUAUAAAAUAAUUAUAAUUAUCUUCAGCAGCAAGAGAAGCAUCAGGAUCAGGUCAGUUUGAGAAAGUGCAUAGCUUUUGAGUAAAAAAAUUAUACAAGUGUUAAAAAAUACAAAGUUUUUUAUUAUAUGGCAUUGAUGUUGUACAAAAGUUAAAAUUGCAAUUUUGGUGGAAGUUUUCAGCAACGAAGGUAUAUUUGGGGGGUCCGGGGCUGUGGUUGUAGCGCGUGCGUGUCCAAUAUCGUGAGUGUGUAUUGUGGUCUGUACUGCGCAAUUAGUAGUGUUCCGUCGCUCAGAUAUAGUUUAAUCGCGUCGUUUCCGUUCUAAUCAACUUGAUUCAGUUCAUUCAGGUUGUAACGACGGUUGAAGCCUCUAAUAAGCGCUGUCGACUUGCCUCUCUCCCUUUAAAAAAAUCGUUUAUGUUUUUGUGUGUUUGUUGAAAUCCAUAACAAAACGAGCUGCUAUAGUAAGUGCAAUAGAAUUCUUGCAUAUUCCGCCAUCGCCGGGAUGAGGUGUGCCUUUUGUUGCGGCAGCAUAAGCAGCAGCACCAAAACCGGCAGCAGCAACAGUAGCGGGAGCAGAAGUUCGGCAUGAAAUGGAAGCGGCCAUACGCUCAACAGUGCAGGUUGGUGGUCCACCACCCACAUCAGGUGGUCAACAGCAACAGCACCACCACCAACAACAACAACAACAGCAACGAGGCGGUAAUCCGCAGCAACAAUCGCACUUGCAUGAUAAUGGACCAUCGCCACAACAACAACAGCAACAACAGCAGCAGCAGUAUCAUCAACCACUUGGCAAUCUACCCACACACCUUCAUCAUCAUCACCAACCACCGCAAGCGCAGCAAUCAGCUGCACAGCAACAGCAACAAAAUAAUAAUAGCGGCAGUAACAGUGCGCAACAACAGCAUCAACAGCAACAACAACAGGCUAAUAUUUCAGCCUAUCAGCAGCGCAUGGCGUCUGGUCCAACGCAAAUUCACAGAUUUUACAGGCCAAUCGAUGGGUCGCAGUCAUACACGAAGGGCGGCGGCGCUCUUGGCCAGCAAUCUACUCACUCGGCCGCAGCAGCAGCAGCCGUCGCUGCCGCCGCCCAGCAACAAUUACAUCAGCAAAUGCAUCAAAUGCAUCAGCAACAUCAGCAGCAGCAUCAACAACAACAACAUCAACAGCAACAGCAUCAACAACAACAGCAACAGCAUCAACAGCAACAGCAGCAAGCUGCUCAGCAGCAUCACCAGCAGCAAGCCGCUCAACAACAACAGCAGCAGCAUCAUCUCCAACAUCAUCCGCAGCAACAGCAACAACAGACCGCCCGUUCAGCAGCUAGUCCUCUAUCACCACCACGACCCGGUCCAGGCUCAGCGGCCGCCGCCAACACGUACGCCAAGUUUGCGGAACUCAAUGCGGUGCGGGAAGCGCCGCAUCCCUAUAUCCAGCAAACUUCGUACGGUAUUGGUCCACCAGGCGCUCAAUAUCGUGACAACCCCUACACGCGAAUACCUCAGAUGGCGCCCGAUUUUCAACGAGCAGCAGCAGUUGCCGCAGUGGGUGGUAGCGCACAAGUGCCCGUCAGCGUUGUGCAAGUACCGGGAGGUGGUCUGCAGCCACCACCAUCUAGUGUUGGCAGUGGUUCCCACCUUGAAGCUUUACAUUUCGCACACCAACAGCCAUCUUCAGGACAACAAGGAGUCAAUGCAGCUCAUGUGCUUAGCAGUGCAAACGUUGGAGGCGGUAAUGCAGCAGCACCUCUCAAUGCAAACAAUGCAGCGGGCAAUGUCAACUUAAUACGCCAGCGAAUAAUACUGCCAGCGCAUCACUAUCCCAGUGAGUAUCUGGCGAACGCUAAUGCUGUAGCGGCAGCGAAUGUGCGCAGCCAGCAGCAGCAUCAACAGUUGCCACAGGCUCCACCUGAUCCGGGGGGACAGCCUUACAAGAAAAUGCGACUGACAGAAACUACGGCAAAUACAGUCAGCAACUCAAAUCACCUGCCACCUAAAGUUAUGAACGCCGCGCAACCUCAGCCACGUCAGCCAUCACCAUCUGCUGCAUCGCUGGCAGCCGCGCAACAACAACAUCAGAAGAUCAUUGCUGGAGGUAAUUUUCGUAACAAUGCAUCACAAAUAUUGCACCAGUCUGUUCCACAUUCGCAUUUGACAGUGGUUUCAAGCAGCCACGUGAUUAAUACCCAGCCACCUCCCUCAGCGAUGCAACAGUUGAAAGUGGAUACCCAACCAGCAAUGUUGACAUCAGCGGGCACACCACCUAGUAAUCGCAGUAUUACAGGUACAGUGAUGGGUGGAAGCAGUGGUAUUGGCGGGGUUAGUGUUGGUGCUGGUGUCGGCGUCUUAAACGCUCCGCCAAACGAAUCUUUUUUGAUAGCAAGUAGUGGCGCGGUUGCACCUCCCGUAAAAUCUUCGUCCUCUUCUGAGGGAUACCAUCCGCAAGUCGAAGCCAUCUCACCCACACUGCCAAACGAUAACGUUGAGGAGCGUGGCAGCGCCGUAACGGAGGAGCUGUUAACGCAAAUACAGAAGGUGGACGCAGAUAUACAGAGUGCAGAAAAUACGAUGGAGAUGUUGCGGAAGAAGGAAAAGGGCCUCAAUGACAAAGUCAUACUGAGUAAACAACAGCGUGAGCAGGAAAUACUUGCUGCUGAGAAUGAUGAUGCAGUAAAAAUGGAGCAUACUUGGAGACUGCAGACAUUGGCGCAAAAAAUAUACGAGGCGAACCGUAAAACGGCCGCCGCGCAACAUUCCAUACUCAACCAUUGCGGUAACCGCAUCACAUUGCCGUUGUAUAAUCAGCCGUUGGAUGUAGAGCUCCUGUCGACGUUAAUUAAACGGCAUCAAACGAUAGUGCGCACGCCAUUGCUGGAUCACAUAUGCAAACUGAAACAUGAGCGUUGGGAGCACAAUAACGUUUUGGUGGAAACAUAUGCGCAGAUGUCCAGUGAGUGGCAGAAGCGCGUUGAAAAGUCGGAAGGCAGUGCGAAGCGAAAAGCACGGGAGGCUAAGAAUCGCGAGUUCUUUGAGAAAGUCUUUACGGAGCUGCGUAAGCAACGUGAGGAUAAGGAGCGCUUUAAUCGCGUUGGUUCACGUAUCAAAUCUGAGGCCGAUUUGGAGGAAAUCAUGGACGGUCUGCAAGAGCAGGCAAUGGAGGAUAAGAAGAUGCGUUCAUAUGCCGUCAUACCACCACUGAUGUUUGAUGCUCGCCAACGACGUUGCGUCUACCACAAUGAGAACGGCUUCAUUGAGGAUAUGGUUGUGGUUCAUAAGGAGCGACAGACACUGAAUGUGUGGACUGCAGGAGAAAAAGAGAUUUUUAAAGAAAAAUUCUUACAACAUCCGAAGAAUUUUGGAGCCAUAGCGGCCAGUUUGGAUCGCAAGUCAGCACAGGACUGUGUACGCUAUUACUACCUCAGCAAGAAAACGGAGAAUUACAAGCAACUGCUCCGCAAGUCACGGCAACGAACCCGAUCGUCACGAAACCCGCCAAAGGCACAACAGCAACAGACACAGUGUAUUAUUGAUUCACUGACAACAGGCGUUACAACCCGCUUGCAACGUGAACAGCAACAGAAGACAGGUGGACGUUCGGCUGCAGCGGAACGAGAACGCGCUGAACGAGCAGAGCGUGCCGCGGAACGUGCAGCAGCAGAUGCGGCGAAAGCUGCAGCAACUGCUCAUGCUAAGUCUACUAACAAAGGAGACAAUGGUAACAAUGCUACAGCGGCAGCAUUCGAAUCGACCAUCGCCGCAGACACGACUGAAGUAGCCAAAGGCAAAGCGAACGCUACAUCCCCUGCAGCACAAAAAUCCAACAACACGUCCAAUAACAGCAACAGCAUAACUGUAGCUAGCGGCAUGGCAGCAGCGCCUUCAAAAGCUGCCGAAGUUGACAAAGCUUCUGAAAGCUCAUCAGCUGGUCAGCAAGCAAUAACAGCAACGAUAGAUGCCGCAAAUAGUGGUACUGCGGCGAAAGCGAAAAGCGACGAUACGAAUGCUAGCGAAGCAAAUUCAAAAAGUACAAUUUCAACUUCGGCGCCAACUACCACAACCAUCAACACAAGCAUUAAUGUCUCAAAUGUGGAUGAAAAUAGCAGAAAGUCGGCAGCAGCUUUCGUAGCAGUGGCGGCAAAUAGCGAAAUGGAUGUGGAUAGUGAAAAGCUGAUGGACGAAAAGAGUGUCGUUGUUCGCAGCAUUGGUAGUGACACUAAUGUUCCACCAACGGAAGCGAACACCUUUAGCGUCACAAAUGUCGUGCCUGGCAUAACACAUCAUCCGCCUGGUGUCGUUCCGAAUGGCAUAAAAACCAUUUAUGCUACCACAAUGGCUCAGGCGGGGGCUGCAGCUAGCGCCAAUGAAGAUGUGAAAAUGAUUGCUGUGGCCGAUAAGAUCGGCGCAGCAGCAACAGCAGCAACAGAAGCAAUGGACGCGGUUUUAAAUACCUUAGAUGCUGUCAGCGGUAUUAAGGUGGGCGCCGGAAAUAGUGUGGCCACGCCCACUACCUCAACAACCGCUGGCAAUUUUCUUGGGCAAAAACUCAAAGCGGCGCAAGUGGAAGGCAUUGGUGCCGGUAAUGAUGUCAACUCAGAUGUUAGUGAUCCAAAACGGAAGCGUCUCGAUGUCACGACGAACAUAGAUGGUUCCCCCAUAAAUUCCUCCUCUUCCUCCUCCACAACUACAAAAAAUAACAAUAACAACGCUUCCUCCUCCUCCAUGUUAACCAGUACUACUACGAAUAUACACGCACUUAGCGGUAACCCUGCAAACAACAAUAACAAUGUUGUGGAUGUUUUAAGUGGAGCUGGCGUGGUGAUAUCCACACCCCUCGUCGAUGUAUCGCUCACAACAACAUUGACUACGAAUGUUGCGGCGACGCCGGCUUCCAAUGGCAGUGGUGGUACCGUCAACGCCACAGCAGCAUCAAUAACAUUUACAACGACUGAAGGCAACAAUGCUAUCGACGGCAAAGAUAAAUUGGCUAUAUGCUUCGUUUGCAAGGCAGAGGCUUGUCCUCGUACACGUCCUCUUAAGAAGGGUCGCGGCCAACAGUACGGCAUUCCAGAUGAUACAAUACCGGUGGGAGCGCGAGUCUGUAACUCGUGUCAAUGUAAAUCGGUACGUAAUCGUUAUACCAAUUGCCCCAUUCCGACGUGUCCGAACCCGAAAGAUCGCGCUAAACGUCUACACAACAUUCCGGCACGUUUGUUUGAACUGGCGUCCGAUAUACAAGAUCCCAUCUUUCAAGAGUUUCAAAUACCACCGCAGGCAACACGUUGUUGUUCGGCUUGUCUAAUGCGUAUACGGCGUAAAUUGGAUCUUGAUCCGCAAAUAAACCUUACAGACGAAGAUCGUCGAAUGGAUGGUGAUGAAUCUGAUGUAAGUACUUCGUCGUGCGAUGAACGAGAAGUUGGUGGAAGUGAUACUGCUUCUGUGGAGAGCCCAGAGUCACAGCGACAUAACUCAAUGACAAAGGAUGUGCAAAAGCUCCAGACGCCGAUUACAGCUAGUGUUUCCACUAAUGCAGCGGACACUACAACGGUGACUAUGACAUCUGCUGGAGUUAAAGCCGAUGAACGUUUGCUACCACCACUGGGACAAGCGCCAAAAAAGCAAAAGACAUCCGAGGAAUAUGAUUCGUCAGCUACUGAGACUGCAGACGAGGAAAACGAAAAUUCGCCAGCGAACCGUCAAAGUCCCAAAGUUAUAUUAAACAGUAGUGGGUUGGGUAGUCAAGGCAACGUUGGACUCGCACCACCAAUAGCAAAUGCCCAACAAAUUCACGCUGUUCAACUGAAUGGACCACCACAGCCGGCCAUGGGAAUGCCUCCACGCGAACAAACUGGUGCGAAUGUGCAAGAUGUUUUAUAUUCAGUAAUUGAGCUGUCGCUUAAGACCAAGGGUCCGCCGCCAGUGAAAAUGCCCUCACAAAUGCCGAAUGCGGCGCCUAUGCAUAGCGUGAAACCGAUCAUGGAACCCAUACGCAGUCGGGGAGAUCUUAGUAAUAACAAUAAUAAUAAUUCUAAUAACGAUGUUACAAUAGUUGGUGAAUUCCGUAAUGAGGGAGCUAUAGUAAAGCAGCAAGCUCAUGGGCAACCAAUAGGUUUGAAUGCACGUCAAUCAAAUGCAUCGGUUCCAAAUACUGGGCAAGGUCCACCAAGUAGCCAAGGCCCGCCUGGUGCUAUUGUGCACCCCGAAAAUUUAGCAACAAUAUCUGUUGUGAACUCUCAUUUAUCUCACCAACAUCUUCCCCCACAUGGCAUGUUACAUCAACAUGAAAUCAAGGCGACUAUAACACCCGUGGUGAAAUCUGGAAAGACGCUAUCCUCAACACAGCAGCCACCAGAUGUAAUUCGAUAUGGAAUGUCUAGCGUUGGUGCUCAACAACUUCGGAACAACGAACCAGAACCUCAGACUCUUGACCUUUCAAUAAAGAAACCUGCUCGAGAUGGUCCCUCACCGCAUUCAUCCAACAGCGGUACGAGUUCGUUGAGCACGGAUAAUGGGCCCCGCCAUCAACCACCACCAGGUGCUGUUAAACAUGUCGGCAACGCUGCAUCCAUAUAUCGUGGUCCAGAUCUAGGCCCUUCAAACCCAACGUAUUUAUAUCAUCCACAUCCGGCAACAGUAGGUAAAGGAGCACAUGGUUCCGUCUACAUGCCUCAAGUACCUGGUCCCAUAAUACAAGGUGUCGUGAGUGCACGAUCUCAAGCGAGCGGCGGACAACCGCCACCGCAACAGCCGCCUCUGUCCACGCACCAGACCCACAUGCAGUUACAACCGGGAGUAGUAAGUAAUAGUAGCAAAGGGGGUGGUAAAAUGGCGCCGAAAUUAAGUCCGCAGCUGAUACAUGGACCAUCUUCCCACACUACAUCAGCAUCACCAUCACAACUACAGCAACAACAACAAAUAAUGGUUGGUCCGAAAGGCUCCAUUACACAUGGUACGCCAGUUAAUAAUGCCCAACAAAUUAUCGUACAUCCAUCGCCUGCGACACUGAGCCCUAAGUUUGAGAGUAUAUUGAGGCAGACUCCUCCUUCUGGUGUUGAUGCAAACAAUAAAAUUGGCUCCAUAACCCAGGGCACACCUAUUCACUUGCCUUCACACCACAUGGAGAGCAAACGUUCAUACGAAUAUUAUAAAACGUCGCAGCGCCAAAGUCCAGCACAACAGCAGCAAAUUCCAGUGGUUGGUCAUCCCGGUGUGUUGCCACCUCCGCAACAGUCAUCGCCACAAGCACCGCAGCCCCAGGGCUAUGGUGGCAGUUCGCCUUAUGCACGUUCACCAUAUUCCGUUGACCAGUCGUCAGUACUGAGCACACGUCAGAUAGUGUUGCAUGACUAUAUAACGUCACAGCAAAUGCAAGGUCAACAGCGUAACGUAUCCCGUGGCAGCAGUAACAGUGCCGGUGGAGGAGGCGGUGGGUCGGACAAAGAGUCUCCAUCGCCUCGUAAUAGUGUUAGUGGACCAGCCAGCGCACUGGUAUUCUACGACAAGGACCGUGGAAGAACUGAGUAUUCGAGUCGUGCCUCGCCUGCUGAACAUGUGAACAGUACUCCCAGCCCUCAUCGCACACCACCUCCCCCACGACAAGGGGUAAUACAACGCCAUAAUACUGGCUCAAAGCCGCCAUCACCUGCAACAAUGCCUCAAAAUCGUUUACAUGUGAUGCCACAUAACUAUCCGCCAGCUGGUCAUGAUGCGUUCUCCUCGUUCGUGGAUGUUGCCGUACAGCAGCCACAACUACCAGUGCCAUCGCAACAGAAGGAAGAGAAACAACUGCGACAUGAAGCGCCACAGCCACCAUCGCAUCAACAACAUUCUUCUCCGAACCAACCGCCUCCCACUCAACAGGAAAUUCGCUACCAAAUGAUGCAGUUAAACUAUCAUCAGCAGCAACGCGCAGCGGCUGCGGCAGUAGCUGCUCAACAACAUCACCAAUAUCGCCAACAGCAGGCUGCGGCGAGCGUUGCAGCUAAUGCUGAUCUCCAGCGUCGAAUGCAUGCUAUCGAGCGGGAUCGUGAUUUACAGCAGAAGCGCGACCGAGAGCGUGAAAAAGAGCGUGAACAGAGAGAACGUGAGAGAGAACGCGACCGUGAUCGUGAACGAGAACGGGAACGCAUGGCGGAAUGCAUUGCUGCGAACGAGCGUGAUGCAGCUGGUCGACGCAUGACAGAGCGCAUGAGUGCAGUUGCAGCGGCCCAGCAUUAUAUGCGAGGGGGACCCGAAACUGGACCACCGCGUGCUAUACCCGAUCGAGAAAGAGAUAUGACAACACAGGACAGUACAUUGUCAGCGCAGGUACUAAUUGAUGCAAUCAUAAAGCAAUCGAUCAUACAGGGCAGCUCGGAACCGAAUCCAGCCAAUAUGAACCGACCAUCAUAUUAUAACUCGCGUGAAUUGCCUCCCUCAGUACGACAACAUCCUGGUGCCGCCUCACUGGCCGCAGCCGAGAAUAAUGGCAAGGCGAACUCGCCGAGUGUCAUCAACAUCGACUUGGACAGCGAUCGUGCCAGCAGUAGUAGUAAUCAACAUGAAUCGCCAAGUUCUAGUGUAGUGAAUUCGCGUGGUAGUAGUGUUUCUCAUAUAAACCGUGGGGGUCUUCAGAAUAGUGGACCCCCUGGUGGUUUAUCUACUCAGCAAGGCGUUUCAUUACUGCCCCCAACAUCCCAAGCACAGGUACAGGCACAAAAGCAGCCGCAAAUACUGAAGACGAAUAUCACCUUCGGCGAGUUGGCGGAUUCAAUUAUAGCGAAUGAUUAUUGUCCGAACCCGAUGCAGUUACGACCACAUGUCAGCUAUAUGCCCUACCUGCAGGAGCAGCAGCCGAUGGUGAUGACUGAACAUUGGACAAAAUAUAAUAGACGAAUGCAACAGAAGGAUGUAGAAGCGGCCGCUGUGGCCGCGGUUACUGAACGAAAUAAGGCAGCUGCCACACAAAACAACAGUAGCGGGGUUACGGUUAGCACCAGUGGCGCCUCGGGCCAUCAAGGUAAUAGCGGUGUAUCGGCGCCUGGCAGUGGCCGUUCCAAUACACCGGCUGAUGAGCGCAACAUUAUUCGAAUGCAGCAAACGGUGAGUCCGCGGAAAUAUGAUCUGAUGAUGCAGCCACCACAUGAUCAGAAUGUAGCUGCAGUUGCUGCCAGUCAUUAUUACCACCCGCAUGGUCCAACACCGCCGUCUAGCGUCGCACCAUCUAUGAGUAUGCAUGCACGUAGCAGUAGCGCGGGUAACGGUGGUUCGUCGUCGAUAUCUUCACCUCAUGAUCAACGUAUGACAGGUGGCAAUAGUGGUAGUGGAAGUGGUGUUGGUAUUAUACCAUCUAGCGGUUCAGUGACACAAAACCAUCCAUUCGACACAAUGAAGUAUGUGAAAAAUCGCAUUGUGGAAGUGAUGCGCACCGAGGAUGAAGAAAUGCAGCAUCAGCAUGCGCACAACGAUCUUCGCGGAGGCAAGGACCUGCACGAUGGAACAGUUGGUAACACAAUGCGCAAAACACCCAAUCAGUACGAUGAUGGGCGCGAAAAUAGACGAGUGUCGGCAGUAUCUUCCAGUGGUAAUAGUGGUGGUAGCAGCAACAACGAUGCACAUCACAGCAUAGUAUCUUCACAACCGCCACCAUUAGGUGCAUAUCAGCCUCAACCGCCGGUCACAACAUUUGCCACAACGACGUACGCAUAUCCGUAUAGCGCGCUUAAUGUUCCGAGUUCAGUAGCAGGUUUAGCACCUUCUUCACAAAUGACAACAUCGCAAUUAUCAUCGUUGGGACAUCAGGCACCAACAUCACACAUUGGCAAACAGCCAUCCAGUCAUUCGAUGAGUAUCACUGGCAGUGGGGGUGUUGCCAUGACAGUUUCUGGUGGCGUCUCAGCAUCAGGAGGGGCGACCGCAGUCGAACCGAAGCCGCUAUUGUCGGCGCAAUAUGAAGCACUCAGCGACGAAGAUUAGUUGUGACUGCAGGCGUCUGGACGAACGCCACAACAACAACCGAUACAGAAACAUCAGCAGCAGCAACAACAGCCUGCUCCACAAAUUUGGCAUUGUGAGAGUGAACGCAUUCGGCAGCAGCAACAACACUUGCAACAACAAAAACUACAGCAACAGCAGCAACAUUACCAGUUGCAAAAUAAUCGCAAUUACAACAACAGCAAUUGCAAUAAUAAUAGCAGCAACAACAAUCACUAUUACUAAAAGAAAAACUGACUGAGUGAGAGUGUGCAAGAGACAUAUUAAGAGAAAAACAACCAUAGAUAUGCAACAAGGAUUUUGCCGUCUGCCCAAGUCCAUGCUUCAUUGUCAUCAAACUUAAAUUUGCAUUAAAAAACUAAGCGCCGUAACUGAUGUAUUACCAGUUGUCAUGGCAUAAUUCAAAUUAAUAGUCCAGUAAUCGCCUGCGGAAAAAAAUCUGAAAUUGUAGAUAUAAAUAGCCUUUACCAGUACAUAUUUUAAUUGUAGACAGACGGUUAAUGGGUAACAGUAAUUGUAAUAGUUUAACAGUUUCAGGCAGUUAUAACUUCGAAGAAUAAGAACUAAAAUAGAAAGCAAAUAUUUUUGUUUGAAAUUUUUCAACAUAAAAUUAAUAGUCAAGUUAUAUUUUAAUUUCAAGCGAGUACUUAUGCACUAAGCACCAAAUUUUCAAGAACUAACAAACAUUGUUUUAUAAAACAGGGCAGUUAAAUAAAAUAAAUUUAUAUACCGCAGCAUUCUCAGAUACACUCAUGAACUUUAAUAUAUUAACCUAUAUAUGCCUGGACUUUUAACAAACCAAAUUCACUAAACUAUAUAAAAAUUUAUAAGUGUGAAAAUUAAAUUAAACUCGUAAAAACUUUAUAAAUAUAUUGAUUAAAAGGGAGCUGGUUAAAUGCACAUGAGUAUUCCAUACAUUUCCAUACAGACCUUCACAAUCAUUAAAUGACGCAACUUUGAUAUAUUCAAUUAAUUGGAUUUUUAUUAUUUUAGUUUAUUUUAGCUGAGUAGCUUUGAAACUACUCAAUCUUGCUAUAGAUAGAACAUACUUUUAAAAGCAGCAUUAAAAUUUUUUCGCAGUUUUGACAGAAAUAUGAACAAAUAAACUGUUUUUCGGUUCAAAUACACAUAAGUUCGCUGUUAACAAAAAUCAUUUCUUGCGAAGUAUGUUUUCGUGUUUUGUAAUUUUUCUUUGGCCAGCUCAUAUAAAUCUGGAAUCCUCUGAAAAAUGCUUAACGUUACAGAAAACGGCAAAUUGAAAUGCAAUAAUACAAUCAACGCUCUAAAUUCACCACAUAAUAACUGGCAAGCUAAAGCGAGCAAUGAAAACACAAAAUACAUCUCAGUUUUGAUGGUAACGAUGUUUAAAAACAAGGCAUAAUUUUUGGCACUCUAAACUCUUUUUAUGUUGACGAUUUUUUGCUUGUUUUCGAAAAAAAUUAAUUGUGAUCUAUCAUGAAAUAAAGGGUCGAAUUACAAUUUGUAAGACUCAUUAGAUAAAAGGCAAGAAUCAAUCAUUAAAUAGCUUCAGCUCAAAAUUAAUAUACAUUUGGUUUAUUAACAUCUUCAGUCAAGACUAAUUUGUGCUAUUUUCGACAUUACAUUGACAGUACAUGAGAUGAAAAAUAUAUAUAUAAAAACGCUAAGACUUAUGCAACAAAACAAACAAAUAGAGUAAAGAAAUAUAAAAAUAAAAUGCAAAAAUUGAUGAUUUAAUAAAAAGAAAGAGUUACAGUUAUAAGCAACAUUUAAGAUUAAAGUAUAACUAACUUAUUUAUUUAAAUGAGAGCAAAUGGUUUUGAGUAAAAGCACCUUGCUGUGGAGCGCGGAAAAGAGUUAAAAAUAUAUACUUAUAUAUAAUAUAUAUAAACCAUUUAAGCUUUUCUAUUCUACAAUAUAUUUAAAUAAAAGUAAAAUUAUACAAAUGUAAAUCUAAUUUAAAUUAUGUAAACAUGAAAUUGAAGAUAUAUAUUUGUAUAUAUAAAUUUAUAAAAAAAUAAUAAUGAGAGACGACGAAACGCUUAAGUUUUUGCUAUUCAUACAAAACAAAAAAGAAGAAAACCCAAAUACAAUAAAUAAUUAUAUUUAAAAUUUACAUAUAUACUACUUAGUUAAAGAAAAUAUAAUGAAUGUUGCAUAAAGCAUGAUUGUAAAGAAUCCCAAAAUUUUAAGUAAGGUUGGAAACGAGGAGUAAAGAAUUUAUGAAUCAAAUUAUUAGUCAGGAUAUAGUGAGAGAGGGAAAAAGCUGUGAAAGUUGAAAAUUUGGACUCAUAUAUUUAAUUUACGGCUUGUUGGCUUGGAGGAGCUAAUAAACCAAAAGCGAAAUGGGCAAAUUAGUUGGAGGAGGGAGGAAAUUGUGAAUAUAAAUGUAACUGUUAUCUUGUAAUUCAGAAAAAUUAGUUUCCAGCAGGACAGCAUAAAACGUAGCCAACCACAUUAGGGUAUGGAAAAAUAUGGAAAAAAGUUUGAGGAAUAUAAAAAUAAAAUGAAAGUAAAAACUUUUGUGACUAAAUUAUAUUAAGCUUGUAAUUAUGUCUUAAGUAGUAAGCUUACGGAAACAUGCUGAAUAUAAUACAAGUUUAGAAGCGUGUGAAAGAAAAUAAAAAAAUAACAAAUGAAUGUGAAGGAUAAAAACAUACAUUAAAUUCAAAAUUG